AUGCCUGGAGCAUUUGUUGUCAACACGGCACAGCUGCUGGCCCUGCCCAGCCGUGCUGUGGGUGGCCCUGCUCCAGAGCAAGUGGGCUCAGGGGACCUCAGCAUCCUGGAAGGUCGCUUCUUUCUGGAGGCGUGCUUCUACCUGGCCACCCUUCGGUCCUGGGGUCUGCAGCUGAAGGGGCAGCGUUCCCAGUCCACCAGGACAAGGGCAGCCACUCCUCAGUACAGGUUCCGGAAGAGAGACAAAGCGAUGCUCUAUGGCAGGAAUAUCAUGAGGAAGACGUGGCCUCCCCCUUUCACUCUGCAUGUGACCACGCUCCCCCAUGCACUUGUGGGGAACACAGCUGCCCCCCGGCAGCGGGUGAGGAAGAGGACCAAGGUGCUGUCUUUGGCCAAGAGCAUCCUGCGUUUCAAGAAGGAAUACCCCAGCCUGCAGCCAAAGGAGCCCCCGCCCUCCCUGCUGGAGGCUGACCUCACGGAGUUCGAUGUGAAGAAUUCUCACCUGCCGUCAGAAGUUUUGUACAUGCUGGAAAAUGUUCGGGUCCUGGGUCACUUUGAGAAGCCACUGUUCCUGGAAUUUUGCAAACACAUGGUGUUUGUGUAGCUUCUGGAAGGGGAGUACGUCUUCCGGCCAGGGGAGCCAGAUACCAGCAUCUAUGUGGUACAGGAUGGGUGGCUGGAGGUCUGCAUCCAGGAUUUGGUGAAAGCCCCCGGUCGUGGCUUCCUGGUGCUGCCCCGUGUUUCCCGCCUGGGGAUGAGAGGAGAGGCCAUCCCGGGCAAGGUCCCAGGCCACGUGCCCCACACCUGCCUGCGACCAGACAGCAGCCGCAUCACCUUCCACUGCCUAGAGCGGUUUACAGCCGUGGCAGUCUUGACACCGUGGGUUGUGACUCGGCUGACUCACCUCUCCGGCGAGAAGAUCCUGGGCAGCCUCCAGCAGGGAACUGCGACAGGUCACCAGUUUGGGCUACAUGCUGUAGGCACUAAUGCCAGCAACCUCUCCACAGUGGCCGUCAUGCCCGUGUCAGAGGAUGUGCCCCUCACCGCCUUCACCCUGGAGCUCAAGCACGCCCUCAGCGCCAUCGACCCUGCCCUGCUGCUGACCAGCGCCAACAUAAAACAGCGCCUUGGCUCUGCUGCUCUGGACAGUAUCCACGAGUACUGGCUGUCCAGCUGGCUGGGGCAGCAGGAGGACCUCGACCUCCACCGGUUUGUGCUCUACCAGGCGGACAGCACGCUCACACCCUGGACCCAGCACUGUAUCCGGCAGGCCGACUUCAUCCUUAUCGUGGGCCUGGGCGAGGUGAGCCCCACUCUCCCUCAGCUGGAGCGGGUGCUGGAGAGCACGGCUGUGUGUGCCCAGAAGCACCAGGAGGACGGGCCUGCGCCGGCCAGCACUGUGCAGCAGCUCAACGGGGGCUGCUGCUGCGGCCACCUGCACCCCUGCUGCCCUCGCCGCGCCUUCCCCAGGAGGAGCCUGCCCAAGCUGGUGGAGCCGUCCGAGCGGGUCUGCCAGAGGCCCCCGGACCAGCGCUCGGACUUCUCCCGCCUGGCGCCUGCGUGGGUGCUGACCGGCAACGCUGUCGCCUUGGUACCCGGGGGAGGGGGAGCGAGAGGCUGUGCCCAGGUGGGCAUCAUCCGGGCCCUGACGGAGGGCGGCAUCCCUGUGCACGUGCUCGGAGGGACGUCCACCAGGGCCUUCACGGGCGCCCUGUGCUCUGAGGAGUGGAAUUACAGCCAGAUACGGAUCCGGGCCAAGCAGUGGGCUGAGGGCCAUGGGGGCACCAGUGCCGGAUGUGACGUGUUCUCGGGGGCUGGCUUCAACAGAAGCAUCUGCAGCGUCUUCAAGGAGAGGCAGGUCGAGGUGCACUCCCUGGCAGGGACCACCUGGGGAGCCCCAGCAGAGCCCACGGCCUCAGCCUGCUUGGGUCUGGACACCCUGGGCCCACAGGCUCGAGGGCUGGCAGCCGGGGGUGGCCCCUCCAAGUCCCGCUCCCCUCACAGGACCUGCUCCCUGUUGAGGUACGUGCGUGCCAGCAUGUCCCUGUCGGGCCACAUGCCCCCGCUCUGCGACCCCAAAGAUGGACACCUGCUGAUGGACAGGGGCUACAUCAACAACCUCCCAGAUGUGACCAGGUCAAUGGGGGCAAAGCUGGUGAUUGCCAUCGACAUGGGCAGCUGGGAUGAGACAGACCUCACCAACUACGGGGAUGCGCUCUCCAGGUGGUGGCUGCUGUGGAAGCGCUGGAAUCCCUUGGCCACGAAGGUCGAGGUGUUGAACAUGGUGGAGAUCCAGACGCGCCUGGCCUACGUGUGCUGCGUCCGGCAGCUGGAGAUGGUGAAGAGCAGCGACUACCGCAAGGACCUGAGCCCCGCCCCCAUCAACAGCUACGGCACCCUGGACGUCAGCAAGUUCGACGAGAUCUGCGUGGUGGGGUACCAGCAUGGCCGGACAGUGUUUGACAUCUGGGGUCGCAGUGGCGUGCUGGAGAAGAUGCUGCAGGACCGGCAGGGCACGAAUGUCUCCUUCGCCUCUGCCCCCCACGUGCUCACCUGCCCCAACGCCUCCUUCACGGACCUCGCUGAGAUCGUGUCACGUAUCGAGCCUGCCAAGGUGGCUGCAGCGGACGAUGAGUCUGACCACCAGACCGAAUACAAGGAGGUGCUGCUGGGCGGCCCCAAGCCGACCUGGGCUCCGACUCAGUGA